AUGCAGUCUCUACCUUCCCCUUACUGUGUGGGCAUACUGUCUCUACCUUCCCCUUACUGUGUGGGCAUGCAGUCUCUACCUUCCCCUUACUGUGUGGACAUACUGUCUCUACCUUCCCCUUACUGUGUGGGCAUACUGUCUCUACCUUCCCCUUACUGUGUGGGCAUGCAGUCUCUACCUUCCCCUUACUGUGUGGACAUACUGUCUCUACCUUCCCCUUACUGUGUGGGCAUACUGUCUCUACCUUCCCCUUACUGUGUGGGCAUGCAGUCUCUACCUUCCCCUUACUGUGUGGACAUACUGUCUCUACCUUCCCCUUACUGUGUGGGCAUACUGUCUCUACCUUCCCCUUACUGUGUGGGCAUACUGUCUCUACCUUCCCCUUACUGUGUGGGCAUACUGUCUCUACCUUCCCCUUACUGUGUGGGCAUACUGUCUCUACCUUUCCCUUACUGUGUGGGCAUACUGUCUCUACCUUCCCCUUACUGUGUGGGCAUACUGUCUCUACCUCCCCCUUACUGUGUGGGCAUACUGUCUCUACCUUUCCCUUACUGUGUGGGCAUACUGUCUCUACCUUCCCCUUACUGUGUGGGCAUACUGUCUCUACCUUCCCCUUACUGUGUGGGCAUACUGUCUCUACCUUUCCCUUACUGUGUGGGCAUGCAGUCUCUACCUUCCCCUUACUGUGUGGGCAUACUGUCUCUACCUUCCCCUUACUGUGUGGGCAUACUGUCUCUACCUUUCCCUUACUGUGUGGGCAUGCAGUCUCUACCUUCCCCUUACUGUGUGGGCAUACUGUCUCUACCUUUCCCUUACUGUGUGGGCAUGCUGUCUCUACCUUUCCCUUACUGUGUGGGCAUGCAGUCUCUACCUUCCCCUUACUGUGUGGGCCACUCUACUGUAGAUAGUACUGUGGCUAUUCUCUGUGUGCGCCUGCCUGGCCGACCAGACCGUUACUCAACAGACCAACCUCACUGUGCUGUGUGAUGGGCUGGGGGUUGCUCUGUUAGACUUGACCUAUUUAUUUAUUGGACUUCCUCUUCAGUGAGGUA